AUGAUAAGAGUAAGAAUGCCGAAGAAACAUACAACAUCGAAUAAGACUCGGAAACGUAAAGGAAAAGAUAUGGAUCAAAUUGCAGAGGACUUGAAGCCUGAAAAAGCUGCAAAACUUUUGAAUCAAGAAGUUGACUAUGAUUUACCAGGUGACGGUCAGUACUAUUGUAUUGAAUGUGAUCGAUAUCUUGUAGAUGAAGCGACUUUGGUCAAGCACAAGAAAUCGAAACCUCAUCGACAACGGGUAAAGUCCUUGAAAGAGGUGCCAUAUUCACAGAAAGAAGCUGAAAUAGCUGCGGGUAUGGGUGUUGCUUAA